GGAGCACUAAUUUAUAUUAAUAUUAUGUGAAAAUUCAACACAAACCUGUCGCAAAAAUAAUAGCUCUAUAAGUUUUGACACGUAGGCAAAAUUACGUGAGUUGGAAUAAUACAUGAUAAUAAUAAUAAUUAAAAAAUAAAAUACUAAGUGGACUGAAAUGCGCGCGCGCGCGGAGGGAAAUCACACCGCUGUCGCUUUAACUGCACCGGACCGGAGCGCCCCAUAUGAUUUUCGAGCUCCAAUCACCACUUCCCUCAUUCCGCACGCGAACAUGGCGAGGAAAAGGGCAGUCGGGUGAAUGGAAAGGACGCCGCGCAGAUGUGAAGCGGAAAAAAUCGGUUCUUUCAUGGAGAGGGACAGCGUGCAUCCCGGGGAGGAGAAUCGGAGCUGGUUUGCACCAAAGAGCAGCGCAUUACAAUGCUGAUAGUGGAGAAGACCGCUGAGCACCCAUCAGGGGAGUACUCCGUGGUGGAGGACAUGGCCCUGCAUUGCACUUUCCUGAUGGAGCGUCUGAACGAGCAGCGGUUGCUGCAGCCGGACCUGUGCGACGUGGACAUCGUGCUUCUGCGCCACAAGGCAACGUUCCAGGCACACAAGGGCGUGUUGGCUGCCUACAGCCCCUUCUUCCACUCGCUCUUCGCCUCUAGUAAAGAGCUGCAGCGCGUGGAGCUAUCUCUAGAGGCACUGCGACCGCAAGGAUUCGUGCAGAUCCUUGACUUCAUCUACACAUCUAGGCUACUUGUGAACAGUGGAAAUGCGCGGGAUGUGCUGCGCGCGGCCACCGUGCUUCAGAUGGCCAACGUGGCAUCGUCAUGCCGUGAACUGCUCUCACGCGGCUCGCUGCAGGAUGAGCAGCCUGAGAGGGACAUUCAUACCUGGAGCAGCAGCAACGGAAAUGGAGGAGGCAGUGACUCUAACUUCUCAAUGGAGAUCAAGCAGGAGCAGGAUGCAUCCAGCGCCAAAAUCUUUGGCACCAAGAGCGAAAGGAGUCCGUAUGUCGCACACAUUGGAGAAAGACAGCAUUUGGGGCCUGGCAAGGAGGAGUGUAAUAUGGAGGUAUCGAGAGACUCGGAAGAUUCCUUCAACAGGAAGCAAAUCAUUGUCGAGCUCAAUCUCAACAACCAGACUCUAAAUCUGUCCAAAGGACUGGAAGGAAGCUGUUCCUCGACGGCGUCCACCGGCUUUGAGGCAGAGAGGGACAACGGCGACUCGGAGGAAAACGGAGAGCAGAGCGACGGCGAGGACGAGGUACCCGGAGGGACGAGCGAGGACGAGGCAGGAGAAGCAGCGCACCUGGAUUACAGCAUUCCCAAAUUCCUGCCUCAGAGGUCUCGCAGACAAACCAGAUCCUCGGUGGAUGCCAUGGCUACAGUAACGAUGAGAACAAGUAUGAGGGUGAGGCGGGGCGGACGUGGGGGUGUGCGAGGCGAGGAGGAAGAAGAGGAAGGGCUUGGACAGGAUGUGAGGCUGCAGGAGAGGCGGAGCUUCCCGUGCGUGAGGUGCCCACAGGUUUUUAGCAACAGCUGGGACAUGGAGAUGCACGCCAACGUCGAACACAACUACAUGCAGGGUUGUGAGAAGUGUGGCACCCGCUUCCUUCUGGAUAGUGAGCUGCUCCUGCAUCAGCAGACUGACUGUGAGAAAAAUUUACAGUGUCUUACCUGUGGCAAAGACUUCAAGAAGCUUUGGUCCCUGCACGAGCACAAUAAAAUCGUCCACAGUUAUGCCGAGAAAAAGUUCACGUGUGAGAUAUGUGGAAAGAAAUUCUUUACCAUGGCUCAUGUUCGCAAGCACAUGGUUGCUCACACGAAGGAAAUGCCGUUCACCUGCGAGACGUGUGGCAAGUCUUUCAAACGGAGCAUGUCUCUCAAAGUCCACUUCCUCCAGCAUUCAGGAGAGAAGCCCUUCACGUGUGAGAAUUGCAACGAACGCUUCCAGUACAAGUACCAGCUGCGGUCGCAUAUGAGCAUCCACAUUGGACACAAGCAGUUCAUGUGUCAGUGGUGCGGCAAAGACUUCAACAUGAAGCAGUACUUCGACGAGCACAUGAAAACUCACACAGGUGAAAAGCCGUACAUAUGCGAAAUCUGUGGCAAGAGCUUCACCAGUCGUCCCAACAUGAAGAGGCACCGGCGCACACACACCGGCGAGAAGCCGUACCCGUGCGAGACGUGCGGCCAGCGCUUCCGCUUCUCCAACAUGCUGAAAGCUCACCGCGAGAAGUGCUUUCAGGUCAGGAACCCUACCACAGAGGCCCCGCCCACAGAGUUUGACCCCGCCCUUGACGAUACGCCGUCGUAUGUGACUGAUCAGAGUUCUUCAGAACCAAAGGACCCGGGAACAUGUUCCGUAUUCCCGAGCGCACGGACCCACUCGAGAGACGCGUAACUACUGAACUGUUUCCUUUGCCAAGCUAGAGGUACUUCCUGUUUAGCUUUUGCGUGUAAACCAAGUAUCUAAAGCUCCUCAGUUUCCUCAGAGGUCAAAAAAAUUUAGUGUGCCAUAUUUGGUAUUACAGUAUAAUAGCCUUCAGAUGUAGCUGCCACUAAUAUUAAAAUCAAAAUAUCUAUGUAUGUAAGUAUAGUUAUAUUUGCUAUAUAUAUAUAUAUAUAUAUAUAUAUA